AUUAACUUCAUCAUGGCACAUGUUGACAAAUUCGACCGCUUGCUGAACUUCCGUGAUGUUGGCGCAUUCAUCAACGAGCUGACUGGCUCANAACUCAAGCCCGGUAUGCUGUUUCGAAGUGCCAGACCAGACGAGGCUUCAACCGAAGAUCGCAGAAGACUAAAGGACGACUAUCACAUCCACACUAUCAUUGACCUGCGCACCAAGUCUGAGCACAUCGUCCAAGCACAAAAACGAUCGAUUCCUCUAGCAUCGGCCGAGCCUGUUGCUCCUUCCAAUAAUCAGGCUGCUGAACCCGUCAAAAUCCCUGGUCUAAACUAUGCCGAGAUCAACUUCAACGGCUCUUCGUACUCGUUUGCCCUAAUUCGCCAACUGCGAUACUGGUCUGCUGCCAAGCUCAUCGCUCUCAUGGCUGCAGGAUAUCGCACUCAGGCCAUCAGCAUUCUAGGCACAGAGGUCAUGUCUGAACGCGGACUCAUCGGUCUGGCCUACGACUCGCUCGCCCACUGUACCGCUGAAGUGCUUGCCGUGUUUCGCGUUUUGGCUGACGAGAAGAGCUACCCUGUUGUGGUGCAUUGCACACAAGGCAAAGAUCGCACUGGCUUAACCAUUCUGCUCGUGCUAUUGCUACUGCAUGUCGAUACGACAGCCAUCAACACUGACUAUAUGCGAACGCAGAAGGAACUCGUGUCUGAACGCGAGGCCAGAAUUGUUGAGAUAAGAAGCAUCGGCAUGCCCGAUACGUUCGCUGACUGUGAUCCAAGAUGGGUUGAGAGUGUAGCUGCUCAUAUCAUUGAGAAAUAUGGCUCCAUCGAGGAAUACCUGCUUCGUUGUGGCGUCAACAAGGACAUGCAGCAUACCGUUAGACGCAUCUUGCUGGAGUAA